AGUUCGAUUCCCCCCCGCAAAAAAACCACUUUGAGCUGAGACGCACAAGCGAUUCCUCGCUUCAUGUGCCUUCCAUGGCGGCCGUGAGUCGGAAGCGGAAGGCCGAUCCGGAUGAGCCUCCCGAAUUGCAGACGCGCACAUACACGGCCCAGAGAGUUCUUGGAAAAGGAUCCUUUGGGGUCGUGUAUCAGGCGCAGGUCCUUGAAACUGGCGAAACUGUUGCCAUCAAGUCGAUCAAAAUGCAAGAGAAGGACCGGGAGGUACAAAUCCUCAAGGAAUUGCACGGUCAUCCAAACAUUGUUUGCUUGCAUGGUGCCUUUCUGAGCGACGAGGGGACUGCCGGCUCAGGUACCAGGCUGAACUUAGUCCUGGAGUUUCUCUCUGACACCCUGCAUCGGGUGAUUAAACACUACAGUCAGCUGGAUGGCAAGAAGAUUGAGCCCUACUACAUCAAGUUGUACCAAUUCCAGCUCAUGCGAGGUCUCGCCUUCAUCCAUGGUCGGGGCAUCGUGCAUUGUGAUCUGAAGCCGCAGAAUUUGCUGCUGGAUGGGAAGAGCCACACGCUGAAGAUCUGCGAUUUUGGCACUGCCAAGCGGAUGAUCUUCGGGGAACAGCAGCGGUCCUACAUGGUGUCCAGAUACUACCGAGCACCAGAGCUCAUCCUGGGUGCCACCAGCUACACCACUGGUGUGGAUUUGUGGUCUGCUGGAUGUGUCUUUGCAGAGCUGAUCUUGGGGCAACCCUUGUUUACGGGCAAGGAUGGCAUUGACCAGUUGGUGCAAAUCAUUAAAGUCCUGGGCACCCCGACGCCGCAGCAGCUCCGUGCCAUGAACCCGAACUAUCCCGACUACGAGUUCACGCCCUCGAUAGCCUCUCACUCAUGGGAGAAAGUCCUGAGAGGAUGGGCGCCGGCGCACGCGUGUGAACUGAUUGGCCACAUGCUGACGUAUGACCCGGGUGCCCGCACACCGCCUCUGCACGUUUUGCUUCAUCCCUUCUUCGCGGAGCUGCGUUCGGCAGACAAGAAAGAGAAAGAGCAAUGCAAGAACCUCUUCAACUUCCGCGAGGAUGAAUUGUGGUGGUUAACUCCCAAGGAGCGGAUUCAAUUGAUCCCCAGCCGCUUGGACAGCGGAGGAGGCGCGUCACCUCCCGCCCUGACGGGUUUGGUCAGCUGCGCGUCUUCCGCGCCGCUGGUCCGUUCGGUUCCGGGCCCCGCUGAAGGUUCGGUUCGCGAGUCGUGCGAGCUGCAGAAGUGAGUCUCUGAGGCUGGGCUGUUGAGAAGCAAUGAGAGACUCGGGACCUGUGGGACCUGCGCAGUUGAGGCAAAAAGGUCCCUUUUCUAGCUGGGCGGAGUGAUGCUGGUAUCCUUUA